AUGGUUGAGCCCUUGUUGGAAUACGUGGAACAACUUUUGCCGAGAUGGUUGGGCUGCCACGAUAAGACUUUCACUCUCGAGCGUGCACAUCGCACACUGUCAAAACCUAAACCAGGCCAAAACAGAGGGGUGAUCAUCCGCUUUCUGAAGUUUCAAGACAGGGAGUUUGUCAUAAACACUGCAAAGAAACUCAACAUCCAACAUGAAGGAAACAAGCUGCUGUUUGUCUCGGAUCUAUCAACGGAGACUCUGCGCCAACGUAACGAGUUCAACGCAGUAAGGCAGAGGUUUGUGGAGAAGGGGCUCUAUCGUGGAUUCCAGAUUCACCCAUGCAGAAUGAGAGUCCUGCACGAGAGCAAAAUGCAGCUGUUUGCGACGCCUCGAGAAGCAGAGGAGUUCUACCAGAAAAUCAUCUGA